AUGGAUCCACUUGAAGAACAGCAGCAGGAGCUUGAAGUCAUAGAAUCUAUAUAUCCUGAUGAACUAGAGAAAUAUUCGGACGUUCAUUUUGGUAUCAAGGUCAAUUUAGACACUGCAUCGGAUCGAAACCAUGCUUUACUAUUGGAGGUUACCUAUCCUGAAAGGUACCCUGAGGUAGUUCCCCAAUUAAAAUUAGUACUGGUUUCUGAAGGAUGUACUGUAAAUCAGGACGUUGGAGAAAACGGUGAUGAUGAUGGUCCUUUAUUGGCCACAUUAUCAGAAAUAAUUGAGUUCCUGCAAUCCGAUUUGAGCAUUUUGCUCUCAAACUUGAAUGAGGAGGCAGAACAACAACUUGGAAUGCCCUCAGUAUUUACUUUGGUAACUCAGCUAAAGGAUGAAGCAGAAGAAUUGUUUCAAAAGAACUUAGAUAAGCAACAUAAAGUGUACGAAGAUAUAUUAUUGAAAAAGGAACGUGAAGAGCAGAAGAAGUUUCAAGGUACGCCCGUCACGAAAGAAACUUGGUCUGAAUGGCGAGUUAAUUUCAGAAAUGAGAGAAAUGUUGAACUGAUAGAUCGAAAGAGGUAUGUAGACAUGCAUCAAGGAAAACUAACGGGAAAAGAAAUAUUCGAGAAAGGCUUAGCUGGAAAUGAUGAGGAUGGAACAUUCGAUAUUUCCGCUAAUAUCCUGAAGCUAGUGGUAUAA